AGGUGGAUGUUAGGACCCGGAGGAGCUCACGUUUGGUUCCAGUCCCAGGGUUGAGUCUGCAGGAUAAGCAUACUACUGGGGAAACGGUUUGAGAUUCUCACUCAAUAAUCUCUGCAAAAGAAACACUCUUUGCAUCUCCUCAUGUGCAACCAUUCGCGGAAUGAAUGUGCGAUUCCUCCUAUUUCCCUGAACACAGUUGCAGGAGAAGUGCCUACAGAUGUGCAAGCCAGUGGGAUCAGAACAACGGCAACAGAAUGAAGAGGCUGGUGAGACAUGCAAUCGUUGUGUUGUUGGGUCUUUUCGUGUGUGGGAGCUUCCUGGUCAUCUACAGCUCCAACAGAGAUCAGAGCACCCAGUCCCAGCCUUACAGAGGGGAAGAGGAGAGCAGAGGCAAACAGAGGCACACACAGCCCCAGUCGUCACUGUUACAUGGAUACAUCAACUUUAUUGAUCACAAGCCUCUAAAAAUACAUUGUAAAAACUGUGCACUGGUUACUAGCUCUGGACAUCUUACUGGGAGCAACCGAGGCACUGAGAUUGACGAAACAGAUUGUGUCAUUCGCAUGAACGAUGCACCAACACGCGGUUAUCGAAAAGACGUGGGUCAAAAAACAAGCCUUCGAGUUAUUGCUCACUCCAGUAUCCAGCGGAUUUUGCAAAAGCGCAACGAGCUGUUAAAUGUGACCCAGGAUCCAGUGUUUGUCUUCUGGGGUCCCAGCAACUACAUGAAGAGAGACGGAAAAGGUUUAGUUUACAACCACUUGCAGCUGAUACAUCAAAUACUACCGAAGCUAAAGAUUUACACAAUUACACGGCAAAAGAUGCUGUAUUUUGAUGAACUUUUCAAAAGAGAGACUGGAAAAGACAGGAAAACUUCCAACUCGUGGCUGAGUACAGGCUGGUUUACAAUGAUCAUCGCCCUUGAAUUUUGUGACAGAAUCAAUAUUUAUGGAAUGGUUCCACCCACCUUCUGCAGGAAUCCUCAUCACCAAUCAGUACCGUACCAUUACUAUGAACCUCUAGGACCUGACGAAUGUACCAUGUAUAUUUCACAUGAACGCGGUCAGAAGGGAAGCCAUCAUCGCUUCAUUACCGAGAAGAGGGUAUUUGCUGGGUGGGCUCAAAGGUACAAUAUUCAUUUCUAUCAGCCAGAUUGGAGACCAGAGUCAAUUUCUGUCAAUCACACUGAGUACGAGGCAAAAUUAUGAUGAAAAAUGUAUUAACAGCUGCUGGCCUCGUGGGACUGGUCUUUUAUCAGUGGCCUAUGUUCGAAUUACAAAGUGACUGCUUCAGCAAAGGGUACCAUUCUUCAACAAGUUUCAUACGUACAUUCCAGCAAACAGGGUAGGAAUCCUUGCACCAGCAAAGCUGUCCUAAACUAAAGGAACAUUAGCCGUAAGCUUAAGGAAUCAGGAGAUUUUAGAUAUACAUUUUAAACUGCAUUCAACUUGCUAUUCGAAAUGUUUAAAUUCUGCAGCCUUGACGACUCUUUAUUCUUUCUAUUUCUAAAUGUUGUGACUUUCCGUCAGCGAUCACUCACAAAUAAUAUUAAUUUUAUUAU